AUGUCCCCAAACCCCGUUGUUGUCGUCUGCAGGAAAGUCUACGUCGGAAAUCUGCCCGUCCCCGUGACGCAGGGAGAGGUUCAGCAAUACUUCAACGAGCUGCUCAACUCGCUCUUGCCCCAAAAGGUUCCCGGCGACACGAUUGUGCACGUGUACGUGAACCCGGCGCGUCGAUUUGCGUUCUUGGAGCACCGAUCCAUUGAAGAGGCGAACUUCACGCUCGGACUCGACGGCGUCUCUUGGAGAAACUGCGCGCUGAGCCUCCGACGGCCACAGGACUACAACCCGACUCUGGCGGAUCAACAGUACAGAGAGGAACGCGCACGCCUCGGCAGCAUGACCGGCUUUGCUGUCCCGCCGCCGAGUCAAGCAGCGACCCCCGCCGCACCCGCAGAGAGCUCUCUCAUUGCUGGCGCCUUGGGCAUCGUCUCCACCACCGUCCCCGACAGUCCACACAAAAUCUUUAUUGGCGGGCUGCCGCACAGCAUCACAGAGCAAGGCUGCAAGCAACUUCUGGAGGCCUUCGGUCAGCUGCGAGCGCUCCACGUUGUCAAAGACCAGCAGCGAGGAGAUUGCAAAGGCUUCGCUUUCUGCGAGUAUCUCGAUCCGAAUGUGACGGACGUGGCAGUCGCGGGGUUGAACAACAUGCGGAUCGCGGAUCGCGUCUUGCAAGUCCGGCGAGCGAUGCCACACGGGCAAAUGAAAGCGGGGACCGACGGCUCGAGUUCUCCCGCUCCUGCUGCGCCCUCGAUUGUUGGGACUCUGAGCAAAGUCAUCGCGAUCCACAACAUGUUGCCGCCUCUGCCUCUGGUGCCAGUCCUGCUUCGCGAGGCAACUGCGACGGAGGCUCGGAUUCGCGCGAGCCCGUACGGCGAAGUUCUCUUUGUUGACGUCUUAGAGAACCUCGCCACUUCCGCCGCAGCAAAGGGAGAGGGCGUUCCCGUCCUGGUCGAGUUCCGAGACGUCGAUUCAGCCAUUCAGGCGAUGGCCGGCAUACAGGGAAGCACGUAUGAUGGCCGGUCCCUCAGCGUGGUUUUCGCGGAGCCGUCAGCCGGAAUGAAAAAAGCGGCAGUCCUCCGUAUCAUCCAAGAAGCGGGCGGGAGCGCGGCGGUGCCUGCGAAGGCGCGUCCCCCCCCCCCAGCUGCGUCCGCGGGAGUCGCCACGCCCGCGAAAACGGAUCCCUCCGGAGCGCGGGAACUGCAGCAGGAGCAGGGCGCGUCGCCAUGUCCAGGACAUUCUGAGGAAGGCGCCGAAAGCGACAAAAAAUGUCCCUCGCCAGCCGUCCAGGCCUCUGCCUGUGCGCCUGUGUCGCGCAGCCCAGCUGAGGCCGCCGCGGCGGGGUCAGCGGCAGUAGCUGCGUUCCUGUUUGGUGGAUCGAACUCUCCAGCGACGGGUCGUGGCGUGGAAAGCAGCCAGCAAAACGGCCAGCGAAACGCGGGGACCGAGUCGGACUCGAAGGCGGAUUCGGGGGUGCCCUCGCAGAUAGGUGACCGCCACGGACCCGCGACAGGCAAAACCGAAAACGUGCACGACCUCUCUGAACAGGCCGGCUCUGAGGCCCAAAAGGACGGCACAGGCAGCCUACCGGCCGCGGCUCCGGCCGCGGCUCCGGCCGCCGGUGAGGACACGGUCGCGGGAAAUAGCAAGGAGGAAGAGAAACAAGGAUAG